AUGAAGGGUCGAAAAAUAGUGAUUUCAGGCGCAGGUCGCGGCCUUGGUCGUGCCUUAGCUAUCGUCGCUGCUUCUCAGGGAGCCACUCCGAUAUUGUUGGGAAGAUCCCAAAGCGCGCUUCAAGAAGUCAGCGAGACAAUCAAGAGCGACAGUGGUGCAACAGCGUACCCUAUUAUCUGCGAUCUUUCAGACCCGGCUUCCGUGGCUAUAGCGACGAAGGAAAUAGCUGAAUCACAUCCUGAUAUCGAUAUCUUGGUCAAUAAUGGAGCCCAUUUCACUGAAGGCAGCUUCGACAAGCAAACCGAUGAUCAGAUCCUGUCGGUCGUGAACUCAGCUGUCACUGGCACCAUGAUCUUGACACGCCAGCUUCUGCCAUUAUUGAAACAACGACCUCGGGCAGACAUUCACAAUGUUGUAUCAAUGUCUGGCCUUCAGUACGCGCGGCUUACAGGCGCUUCACUCCCCUUCAGAGCUGCAAAGGCUGCUCAAGAUGGCUUCACUCAGGGCUUAGUGGAGGAACUGAAAGGCACAUCGGUACGCGUCACUUCAGUUUAUCCCGGACUGAUUGAGGAUGUAUCGCCUACCAGUGUCGAAUGGCAGAAGCAGCGUGAUUUUGAUGAGGGCAUAACGAACAAAAACGUCGUCGACACGAUCAUCUACGCCCUGUCGGCCCCCCCGAACGUGUCAUUACGUUCAAUUGUUAUCGAGAGAACCCAAUCCGACUUUUUAGUGUAG